ACAGAGCUGCUAGCUCUCAGCCAGAAUAGAUAUCAGCAUUUCACAGUAACAGCACACACGAAGGAUACGUUUGCAGAGUCGACCCUAUAUUUUAGAGAGAGUGAAGCUUUUAGUUUUCUCUGGUGACAAUUAGGAGGUUUACUGGUGUAACUGUAGGAAGACACUUUACCAUUAUGGACGUCCAGAGGACAGGAUCUAUGGUGCGGCCUCCGAGCCCCAUGGAUAGCCUUGAGAAGCAGCUGAGCUGUCCCAUCUGCCUGGACAUGUUCACCAAACCUGUGGUCAUCCUGCCCUGCCAGCACAACUUGUGCCGUAGUUGUGCCAGUGACCUCUACGACUCGCGCAACCCAUACCGCUUUUCUGGCGGCGUCUUUCGCUGUCCUACCUGCCGGUUCGAGGUUGUCCUUGACCGCCAUGGCGUCCAUGGGCUCCAGCGCAACCUGUUGGUAGAAAAUAUUAUCGACCUCUAUAAGCAGCAGCAAGAAGGUAGUGGCAGUGGAAGCACAGACACCACCCUGAAGCCUAAAGAAUCCAAAGAACCGAUGUGCCAAGAACACGAGGACGAGAAGAUCAACAUCUAUUGCGUGACCUGCCAGGUACCCACCUGCUCCAUGUGCAAAGUGUUCGGCCAGCAUAAGGACUGUGAGGUGGCACCUUUAGCGAGUGUUUACCAGGCACAGAAGGGUGAACUGAGUAAUGCCAUCGAUACCCUGGUGGCCAGCAACGGGCGCCUGCAGGCCCUGCUCAACCAGAUGGAAGACGCCUGCCGCGCUGUGCAGGAGAAUGCUCAGCACGCUAAGCAAGGGCUGGCUGAACGCUUUGACCUGUUGUAUGCUGUCCUGGAAGAGCGCAAGACCCUUCUCCUGGAGCAGAUUGGUAAAGAGCAGGAUGAGAAGGUGGCAGCUCUGCGAGCACUGGCCCAACGCUACGGCGAACGACUGCAGGCUAGUUCGGAGCUCACAGACACCGCUGUGAGGGCGCUGGAGCAGGGGGGCGCUGCUGAGUUUCUGUUAGCCUCCAAGGGCCUCAUCACGCAGACCAAAGACGCAGCUAAAUGCUCACUGGGGGAAGAGAGGCCAGAGCCGGGCUUCGAGAAGAUGGACCACUUCACUUUGUCAACGGAGCAUGUUGAAGCAGUCCUGGCAAAAAUGGACUUCGGAGUGAUUGAUGACGACGAAUUUGAGGAUGCACGAGAGGAAAAGGAGGAGGAGGAGGAAUAAUGAAAAUUGAAGUGGUUACGGACUUGUAGGAAAUACUGUAAUGUGUGCUUUUGAAGGUUUUUUGACACAAGUGUUUAUGGCAGGGACUCUGCAUUUGAUAGAAAUAUAAGGUUACAGUGGAUGUGGGCUGAAAUGGCUUGCCCCUACUCUCAGUGCAAUAUUUAAUUUCAGUGUCGUAUUCGUACCUUUUCUUAACCUCUUUUUAUACUUUUGUACUUCUAAGCCAUUUGAAUGGAACCAUGGGUCUCGAUAAAUGUAAAUACAGAAUGUCUGAAGGUUGAUUACACAUCAUUUUCCUCAUGUGUAGCUCAUGGAAAUGUUUUUCUCACUUUGUCUAAGUUUGUGUUGAAUUGGUGACCAGCUGAUCUGCCUGUAAUCACCACAUCUGUCUUUAAUGGAACGUGGAAUAAAGCUGCAUGAAGUUGAGCAUCGAUUUGCUUUAUUGCUAAACUAAAACAAGUUUAACCUAAGCGAGCGUACAGAGGAAGAAAAGGGAAGACCCAGUAUUAUUUUGGCCUUAUGGAUUUUCUCUGGAGCGCUUCCAUCAAAAUAUUCAAGCAGUCUGUUGCUGCUCUUACUUGGCAAUCGGCUGUAUGUAAAAAUAAAAGCCCUUGCCAUG